CAGAGCCAUUAAUUUUUUUUUCUACAGGAAGUUGCAACGUUUACUAGUUCCAGGUCUCUUCCUACUCGAAUAGAGCAGGUGUUGUAUCCACAACAUGGCGGAAGGCGCAUUUACGAAGGCCGUGAACAAAAAGUACCCUGGACUUACUUAUGAAGCCGAAGGGAAGUGGAGAGGUCCUUUCUAUUUCAUCCAUGCAGCAGACACACAGCUUGGCUUGAUUGACUCGUGGAAUGGAGUCCCGCCUGAGAAGCAAAAGUGGGAGAAAGAGAUCGUGUUAACCCGUAAGGCCAUCGUGGCCGCAAACAAGUUGUCACCGAAACCUAGAUUCUUUGUGGUUUGUGGUGAUCUCGUGAAUGCAUUUCCUUGGGAAGAUUAUAACGAUUCACAGGUCGAGGAUUUUAAGAAGGUUUUCAAAGAACUUGAUCCGAGCAUACCACUAAUUUGCGUGUGUGGAAACCACGAUAUUGGAGAUUCGCCAACGCAAGAGUCGUUACAGAAGUACCGCAACAAUUUUGGCGAUGACUUUUAUUCUUUUUGGGUUGGAGGAGUCUUCUUUAUUGUUCUCAAUAGCCAGUUUUACAAAGAUGCAAGUCAAGUGAUUGAUGAAAAACAAGAACAAGAUAAAUGGCUGGAUGAACAGCUUGAACUUGCAAAAUCAUGUGAUGCACAGCAUAUUGUGAUGUUUCAACACAUUCCUUGGUUUUUCGGCAAUCCUGACGAGAGUAACAAUUAUUUCAAUAUUGAGUUAAAUCUGCGCAAACAAAUGCUCUCAAAAAUAAAAAAUGCAGGGAUCAAAUAUGUUUUUGCUGGUCAUUAUCACAGAAAUGCUGGUGGCUUUGAUCAAGAGUUGGAAAUGAUUGUCACAAGUGCUAUUGGCCAGCAAAUUAACAAUGAUAAAGAUUCUGGGAUGAGGAUUGUAUGUGUGGGCUCAGAAAAAAUUUCACAUGAAUAUUAUGAACUCGACAGUGUUCCAACCAGUGUAACUCUGUAAUUAUCUGUUUUAUAAUUAUUCAUCACUGUGGAAGAUUUAUGAUAAUCCAGGGAAGUCAGAUCAAAUAAUGGGAACAAGCUAUGAUUUCAAGAAUGAGAUGUACAGGUAUCCUUGUCAUCAUGUUCUGCCUCUUGGACCAACUUUACUCAACAGUGUACUGAAUACUUCAAUAACUAAAUAGUUAUUCUGAAUUACUGUUUUGAAGUAAUACUUUGAGAAAGCAGACCAAUACAUGCAGGGCUUUGGCAAGAAUUGCUUUCUAGAGAACUAUCAAAAAUUAAUUAGAUGGUCAGAGAGCCAGUGACAUAGUCAAGAACAACUACAGCUAUAGUUGUGAAUUCUCACGUCAGUAGCACUUACAAGUAAAGCCUGGAAAAACUAAGAGACACAGUCCAAUAAUUAAUUUGUGACAUUAGUUACACGUAGUAUAAGUAAAAAAAAGCUAAUCUAGUAGCAUUUAGACGCAGGGUUUCUUGCUUUAUUUUUAAUUUUAUUUCUUGAUAUGUGCUUUAUUUAUCUAGAAGAUUAAAGUGAAGCUGUUUCAGUGGCAGCACUGCAAUAUAGUUAGUUUCACCAGGGACCUACUGUCCUAUCCACCAAUCUUAGAUUAUUAUAAGAAAUAAAUGCAAAGGAAGCUAGAUCUGUUUGCUUAACUGAAAUAUCACCACUGAUUUCUAGUAAACUUCUAAAGCAAAUGGCAAUAUUACUUAAUAUGUACUUUACAGUGUAUAGUCAGUGAUUGUUAAUGUUUAUUUCAUGUUAAGGUGGCUUGCAUCAGCUUAAAGUUUCGAAUUCAGUGCCAUCUUUAAUUUAUACCUCUCUUACUUUAAAUUUAAGUUUUAAGCUUUAAAUUAAUGUUUAGGUAAAUUUGGGAAACAUUGUCUUAGUUUCCACCUAACACUGUUUACUGAAUACAGCAACUGUGUAUGAUUUCAUCAACUGCCAAACAAUGACUUUGUAAAAUUAAGGUAACAACUGGUACCUCAUUUUUGUAAGUAGCAGACUGAAUAAUACAUACUUACAACAGAGGACUUAAUAGGGAUUAAUUUUAAGCAUGAUUUUGAAGUUGCCAGUGGCAAAUUCUUCAAUUUGUUUGCCUUCAAAAGAAUUCAGAAUGAGAAGAACCUUUCAAGAGCAAAUGUGAUUAUUUAAAGGAAUUUUCAGAGAGUAUAAAAUUGAUUUUGCAGGAAACAUCAUGUCUAAGAUCUCUCAUUAUUCCAUUUUAUCAAAGUCUCCAAUCACAACUCAGGACACUCAGGUCCUCUUAUUUGUACUCUAACUUUGUAAAUGUUGGUUUAAUGGAUAAACUAGUCUUACACAAACAAAUAUGUACUUUUUCAUACCCAAAAAGGGGAAGAUACAUUUUGAAACAAAGAUAAAAAAGUUGUGAAAAUGAUGAAAAUCAUUUAUUUUAAAUUUUGACAUGAAUUCAUUUUGGAAAUACUUAUGCUAUAGUAAUAAAGACAAGAAUCAUAGAGACUGAAUUUAGAAUUGAUUUCCUAAAAAGUUGUAAAAGUUUUGAUAACUUACAGAGUUACCUAGAUACUUGAUACUAUAUCCUAAAAAAUAUAUACCAGUGCUCUGCAUGCAAUGAUUUGUUGUAAUAUCAAGGUUAAGAAUCAAAUAAAUGUUCCAAGCUUUGCAGCA